AUGCGCUUCUGGCCCGAGCAGACGUACCGGCGCUACGAGAUGGCGCUGCUCUGCACGAUGGGCACGCUUCUCUGCUACGCCGACCGAACCAACAUUGGCAUUGCGAUCCCGUCCAUCGAGCCCGACCACGCCAAGCAGGGCCAGAUCCUAUCGUCCUUUUACUACGGCUACAUCUGCACGCAGCUCCUUGGCGCCCACUGGGCCUCGAUCUACGGGCCCAAGCGUGUGCUCGUCGCCGGCGUCGUCGUCUGGACGUGCUUUGAUGUGCUCACGAUCACGACCGCGUCGUCGCCAGCCUGGCUUCGCGUCGUGCGCGUCGGCAUGGGCCUCGGCGAAGGCAUCUUGUUCCCGACCUUGCACACGCUCUCAGCAUCCUGGUACCCCGCGACCGAGCGCAGUCGGCUCAUGUCGAUCGUCUCGAGCGGCGUCGACCUCGGGACCAUUGUCGCCAUGGCCGUCUCGCCGCUGCUGCUCGCGUCGCUCGGGUGGCGCUCGAUCUUUCUUCUCUUUGGCCUCCUUAGCACAUCAUGGGUGCUCCUCUUCCUCUGGCGCGGCAGCAGCAAGCCCGAGACCGACGCGUACAUCACCACCGCCGAGAAGGCGACGAUUCUCUCGCAGCGCGGGUCGCUCAUCGCGUCGUCGCCGCCGCCUUGGCGCCGCCUCGUUCUCAACAAGCACGCAUGGGCGGUUUACGCCGCCCACUUUGCCUUCAACUAUGGCUGGUACGUGCUGCUGGGGUGGAUGCCGCAGUACUUUCGCGAGAAGCUGCACCUCUCCCUGGCCUCGUCCGGGCUCGCGGCCGCGUGCCCGUACAUUGCGGGGUACGUCGGCGUCCUCUUUUGGGGCAUGGUCUCGGAUCGACUGCUGCAGCGCUACCGUGUCUUGCACGUGCGCCAGACCAUGAACGCGAUCGGCCUUCUCGGGGCCGCCCUCGCGCUGUACCUCCUGCGCUACGCUGCAUCGGCGCCGUCGGCGAUCGCCAUGCUCUGCCUCACGCUCUUCUUCGCCCGCGCCGCGACGCUUGGGUACUGGGUCAACAUGGUCGACAUUGGCCCGUCCUGCGCCGGCCACAUCAUGGGCGUCAGCAACACGAUCGCUACACUGCCCGGCAUUCUUGGCAACGUCCUCACGGGCUACCUCCUCGGACACGGCGCCGGCAACUGGGACUUGGUGUUUGACAUUGCCAGCGCGCUCCUCGUCCUCGGCGCCGUCGUCUUUCAAGUGCUCUCGACCGACCGGGUCGUGAUCGAGGCGACGGCGCCGCGCCGGUCGUACAAGAAGAAUGACGCCGACGACGUCCCGAUGCAAGCGCUGCUUCUGGACGUGACGACCAUCACCGACGACGACGACGACGACGACGCGCCGUCGACACGGCGCGAGGACGGCGAGUUUUUUAUUUAA